GAUACCCGCCCGUCAGCAGCGCCCCGGCCACACAGCAGCCAGCCGCUCUCCGUCCUGCAGCACCGCGGAGCUCCGUCUGCUCGCCGCCGGCUCGCUCGCUUCUCACCGCUCCCCCCACCCCCCGCUCUCCCAACAGCUAGCGCGGUCGCGUCUCUCUCUCUCUCCGAGGCGGGGAGCGUACGAGUCUUCGCGAGCGUUCUUCUCCAUCUUCGCCCUUCGAGACAUAUGGAGAAAAUGGCCAGACCUCUCCCCGUCAGUCCGGCGUUCCUGCCGCCGACCCACGGCGUGCUGAAGUCUCUGCUGGAGAACCCGCUCAAGCUGCCUUUCCACCAUGAAGACGGAUUUGGGAAAGACAAGGAGAAAGAGAAGAAGCUGGAGGAUGAGAGCAGCAGGGCCAAUAACCCGCAGUCGGCCUUCCUCGGGCCGACGCUCUGGGACAAGACCCUUCCCUACGAUGGCAACAACUUUCAGCUGGAGUACAUGGACCUGGAGGAGUUCCUGUCAGAGAACGGCAUCCCCGCCAACACGGCCCAGAGCCACCAUGCUGAGCAGGGGGCGCUGCCACCGCAGGCGCCCCACCAGCAGGCCUCGCCGCCAGCCCCGCCCACGCCUUCCGUGGUGGACCUCAGCAGCCGCGCCACCACUUCAGUUCACACGGGCAUGGUGCCUCAGACCAGCAUUCGCAGCCCCAGCACAGCAGCCCGGGACAGCCCCAGCCCCAUUGACCCAGAGACCAUUCAGGUGCCAAUGGCCUAUGAGCCUGACCCGGCAGACCUGGCGCUGUCCAGCGUGCCUGGCCAGGAAAUGUUCGACCCCAGGAAACGCAAGUUCUCUGCCGAGGAGCUGAAGCCCCAGCCCAUGAUCAAAAAAGCCCGCAAAGUCUUCAUCCCAGAGGACCUGAAGGAUGACAGGUACUGGGCUCGGCGCAGAAAGAACAACGUUGCGGCUAAGCGCUCACGGGACGCCCGCCGGCUGAAGGAGAACCAGAUCGCCAUUCGCGCCGGCUUCCUGGAGAAGGAGAACGGCGCUCUCCGCAUGGAGGUAGCGGACUUGAGGAAGGAGCUUGGCCGCUGCAAGAACAUUGUGGCCAAAUACGAGGCCCGACAUGGGGGCCUGUGAGCCCCCCCACCCACCCCUCCAAAAAUAUCCACUACAAGCCCCCCUCCUUCUCCUCCUCCUCCUCCUCUCUUCCACAUUUUACCACCCCGUCCCAUUUUCUUUCUUGGAGUUUGAAGGACAAUGUGUCUGUUUUGGUGGCACUGCCCCUGCCUCCUCUUCCUCCACCACCAUCCGCACCUCCUCCCAUUCCUCCCACACACCCCCCAACCCACCUGUAUGAUUCUGGUAUUUAUCUGUCAUUUUGACUUAUUUCAUAAGCUUCGACUUGUCUGUUCCUUCUUUUUCCUUACACAUCGUUCGACUGAAUAUAUUAACAUAUAUACAUAGAUAAAAAAAAACAUAUAUAUAUAUAUAUAACAUACUUCCCACUUUAGUGUACUGUGAGGAGUCAUGAGCCAACCCACCCGCUGAGUCCACACCAUCCCCAUCUCCCCCUUCCAAUUUUGAGAAACGAUUCCAUGCUGUUUGUCGUUUUCAUACCGAUUUUAUACCCGACAUCAGGACUAAAAACUCUUCUGUUUCCCUUCUUCUUCUUCGUCUUCGUCUCCUGCUGUGUUACAACCAUGUGAAGUGUCGUUGCUCGCCUCUACCCGACCCCUCAUAUCUUCUUCUUUUCUCGAUGUUCAUGUUGUAUUUCAGUUUUCGAGCACAGCCCCCCCCCCCCCCCCCCCCGCCCCCGCCCCCCCAGAUAAUCUAGAACAGCAUCGCCUGUAAUUUGAAAUUGUCUUUGCAUAGCACUUAAAUUUGUCUCCGCAAUUGUGGUGUAGAUUUGCUUUCUUAUUACGUUUUUCUAAUGUAUUUUUUUGAAUGUAUUUUUUGUUUUGUUUGUUUCUCUCCAUCGCCCGGACACUGAGCAAUAAUCCCGGUCCAGAAUUGAACAGACAUGACGACCUACAUGUUCCUUACCCACCUCCUGUGCCCCGCCACCUCCACCCCCACUGCCAGUUAACUACCUAGUUGCUGUCCCUCCCCCCCCUCCCCCCCACUGUCAUUUUAGCUCAGCUCCAAUGCGUGUCUCACAAUCUGAACUGGUGCAAUGUUUCAACUCGAACAUACUACACACUAUUCAUAUUAUGUUAAGUAUUAGUACUACUCCCGACAUUGUUGUCGUUUAGCCUCCUUGUUUUCAGAUUUAAGCAUGAUUUCUUUAACAGAACGAAAAGCUACUCAUGAAUUGUUUCUUCCUUUUUAUUUUGCAAAGUUGUUUAUAAUUAUUUUGGCUCCUGCUUAACUUUUAGGAAUCAACAGAUGUCUGUAGUCUCCCUCUUUGUAGCUCUAUGUUCGACCUGUUCUUAAAGAUGGCUGUAUGAAUGUAAAAGAUGUUGACAACGGGAAAAAAAAAAGUUGGAUGGUGUUGUCCAAUACUGUGGUUAACCCAAUCAAUUUGUUUACUGCAAACCAAACGAUUCACAACAGAGAUGAUAUAUUGAUUACAAGAGAUAUGUUUAUAUAAACCUUUAAGUUUUUUUUGUACAGUAUUUUUCCUAUACAUUACUGAAGUAUGUAUUUUAAAGGCACAACAGAUUAUUAAAAGAUAGCAUAUAACUCAAAGACAAUGGAUAUAGUGGUAUUUUAAUAUUCUAUAUAGGAUAGGAUGUGGUAGCUCUACAGAGAAUUGUGAUUAUUCAGCAGCACCCCAACCCCCGGGGCAUUAUUAUCAUUAUUGAUCUUAUAUUAUUAUGAUGUUGUCAUAAUAACAGCUCAUGUCAUGUUAGUCCCCAUUCAACUCAAAGGAAAACUAAAUGCAGUCCAGAAGAGAGAAUGUACAGCUGGACCCUUUUCUAGAAUCCAUCAGCUCACAUCCAGCAACAUCACUUUGUUCAUCAUGUUUAGUGGCAUUACCCAACCCCCCCGCCCACUGCCGCCCCCCCCCCCCCCCCCCCCCCCCCCCCGCCAUCACAUCCCGACACGAGUCGUCCAGCAGCAGCUUCUCUGUCAGAGGCAGAUACCUGAGGGGUCUGAGGUCUCUUAGUAACCGUGUGAGUCUUGUCUCUCUGAUCUGCUGAGAUGGGAUGAAGUUACUAUGAAGGAAGGGAAAACUGCUGCCGUGAGUGUGUGGGAUACAUAUUCCUCCAGUCGAUGCAUGUUGUAGCGCAUCCCUGAACCUGAGUGAUGGACACUGGGUAGCCUUUAUGUUAUUUUAAACAAAAAUACAAACUUUAGUGCUGUUGUCGUGCAGAGCUUUCUUCAGUCAGGAGCUGGGUCGUGACCAACUUGUGUUUUUAAAGGUUGAUACUGACAUUUCUGAUCAGUUAGCCUGAGCCUCUAAAACCAUUGUGUGUUGUUUUGUUUUUUUUCACUUGAGAGUAAAUCCCAUGAGAUACAACAUGUUAUUUAAUUAGGUUCAGAAGAACCGCUAGGUUGUGUUACCUCCGCUCAGAUCCAGGUCGGCUGUCUCCUCAUGCUUGCAGUCGUUACUAAACAAGCUUAUCUGAUUGUCUUAUCUGCAAGAAUAACGAACUUUAACCCAAUAGAUCAUUAACGUUACAUUUGUGUGCAUGUAAGCAAAACAUUCCACCAGCUGAAUAAUGGUCACCAGCAGGAAGGAUUCCACCCAAUAGUCGACAACAGUUCAGGCUGUCAACCAAUUUUGAAAAAUAAUUUUUUAUUAAAGACAAAAAAGAUAAAAAACAAGAAAUACAAAAUACACAUUAACAAAAAUGUGGUUGUUGUAUUGAUUACACAUUAAAUGUUUUUGAUUUAAGCUUGUCGAAUAUCAUGUGCUCAAAAAUAGAGGAUUAAACAAAUUAAAUAGAUUUUUACUGUUAACAGGCCUGGAAUCAGAAAUGUCAAUAUUGAACCAGCAAAUGUACUAACUGACUCGUCUGUCUGAUCGCUGUCCAGACUUGGGUGAACUAAGUCGAUUUGAUCCAAAGCUGUGUGAAAUGUAAAAUCAUUCUUUUCUAUCCACUCACUGUAGUCAUAGUGUUUUUGCGCUUUAGAGGGCGUUUCCCCUCCUAUGUCUUUUCUGCACUGGCGCUCUCGAGGUUGAACAGGGUUUGUAGAGAAGAGGGACGACUGGAACAAUGCCUCCCGAAUCUGUGGAGCAUCUUUUUAACGAAACAUGAUAUAUAAAUAUAUAGGAAAAAGCCAAUAAUUCAUCCACACGUGUCCCAAAAUGACCUCACUGUUGAGUGAUUUCACUACCUCACCCGGAAACGUUAACCAUAAUUCUGAGUCUAUUCCAGUGCCUUGAAUACACUGACUGUUCCCCAGUCUCUCAGCAAUGUAAAGAUCUCCUCCCAGCUCCACGCGGAUAGGUUCAGAUCUGCACUGAAGAGCUAAUCAGUGCAUCAAAAGUAUCUCUAUAUUCUAUACACACCGACAACUCUCCUCAUUUCUGAUUUUGGACAUUGCAACAGACUUGUAACCAUUGUAUUCAUGGCAACACCAACGGACUGUUUCAGAAUGUACACAAAUAGGACACCGAGGAGUAUUCGGUCUUGUUUGUCAUGGAAUGGAUGCAUAACAUUUAUUUGUGCUGUUCGGCCCUCCGCCUCUCUGUCGCUCUGUAAUUUGUAGUGUCUAAUAAAAUCCCAAUUCUUUUCUGA